UUUGGUUUUUCGAGACAGGGUUUCCCUGUGUAGCUUUGCGCCUUUCCUGGAACUCGCUUUGGAGACCAGGCUGGCCUCGAACUCACAGAGAUCCGCCUGGCUCUGCCUCCCGAGUGCUGGGAUUAAAGGCGUGCGCCACCACCGCCCGGCUAAUUUCUUACUCUUAAUGGAGAUGCAGCCUUGCAGGUAAUCUUGGUUCGGAGAAAAAUCAUAGUUUGGCAUCCUCUCCCAUCUCUGCUUUCUGAUCUCGUUAGGUAGGGUUGGGGGAAAGUCAAUUUUGGGAGGCCUGGAGCAGAGUGAAAGGCGGACCUGACAUGUAUCUUCUCUAUUAAUUCCUGAGCCGCAUGGUGACCCAGGAGGCCCAGGAAAGUGGGAAGGUUUUCUACAGGCAUGCUCUCUCCUGCAUCUCUCUCUGUUGGGCAUCUCCAGAGUUGUAGGGUCCCAGUGAUGAUGGUCCCUGCUGCUGCCCCCACAGUAGAGAACCCAGGACCUGGUCCCGAGGUUGAAAUGGUACGACAGGAAUCUUCCACAGAGGAAGAACGGGGAGAGCUGAGGCGGCUGGUGGAUCGUGAAGAAGAGUCCAGCAGAAAUGGGGCCACUGGAGCCCUGGAAGAAUGGCAAGACUGAGCUAGGGAUGUGUGUGGACCCAGGCCAGGAGUCACAGUCCCUACAAGCUCCUGCAAACCAAGUCGGGAUGCAGAAGCAAGGUACUACGAAGGUUGACCCUGGGGACCCAGCCAGGGGCAGGAGGCGGGGAGGGUCUUGUCCUAUCUCCAGCAAGACCUAUGAGAGGAUUCCUAGGAGGGGUGGUCUUGGGUACUGCUAGGGGUGGAUUGGGGACUUUUGAGAACUCUGAUGAAUUCCCAGGAGAGGGAGGGAGGGAGGCUCUGAUGAAGCCCUGGGCAUAGUAAUUUGAGGAUGGAGAAAGUGGUUUCGCAGGUGGGAAGCAGGAGAGAUGUGUGGAAGAGAAGUUGAGCCUGAGACUGGGAUGGUAGCCAUGACAGGGAAGGCUCCCUCAAGGUCCUCAGAAGAUGCCCAGACCUGCUGCUCUGGCAAUAAUAGCUCAUACCAGCUGUUCCUCUAGCAUGCUCCCAACCUGCUUCACCCAGUGGCUACAGUGACGGCAGUGAGGAGGAGGAGGGUGAGCUAUGAGGUUCAGUCUCCAGCUCGGGACACUCAGAGUACUGAUGAGCUGCAGAGUACUGAUGAGCUGCAGAGUACUGAUGAGCUGCAGAGUCUGAACUCAGUCCUGUCUCUUCCUGCACUACUAAAGAGUUCACAGUGGUGACGCACGCCUUUAAUCCCAGCACUUGAGAGGCAGAGGCAGGCGGCCAAUCUCUGAGUUCGAAGCCAGCCUGGUCUACAGAGGGAGUUCCAGGACAGCCAGGGUUACACAGAGAAACCCUGUCUUGGGGGAAAAAAGAAAAGAAACAAAAAGCCGGUCCCUAAACAGGCUCUGGAGAUUCUCCCCCAGCAACUUUAACUCCUACCAGAGCAUUCAGAGCACACUCCCCAAAUCAGGGCUUCCAGGGAGGCUCUCUAUAGCCAGCUUAGGGAAUGAAGUAUUUAUGUAAAUGUCGUUUAUGCAAAUAUCUGAUGAUAAGUACAGAGUGUCCUACAGUCUACAUUUGCAGCGUUCGUGGUAUAGCCCCUCCCUCAAAGGCUGUCGAGAACGAGGCCCCACCCCCUCUCCCCUUGCUUCCCCACCCCACUCUGCUGGGCAAUGAAGAAAACAGGAGUGAGUGUGGAACUGUGAUGUGGCUGGUUGAGGGAGGGGGGACUCCCCAUCCCAGAGGGGCUGACCUCAGCCUGGGAGGAAUGUGCACGAGGGAGGGAAGGAGGGAAGGCGGGGAGGAGCCAGGAGGGGGAGGGCCACAGCUAACGGCCCAAAGCUCCUGAUGGCCCCUCCUGUCCCCCUCCACCUCAGCUCUGACAUGGCCCACUGAAGGGAAAGGAAGGAGGGAGGAAGUGGUCUUUCCAGAAGGUGGGCUGGGGGUCUCCUGAACCAUAGGGACUAGACUUGGGGUUUGUGGGUGGGAAAUGUCCUGUCAGUCCCCCGACUUUUUCCCAGGAGAUCUGCUUGGGGGCAGGUGUUAUACUGUCUGGGAAGCUAGGCUUCAGGAGGCUCUUCACGACUGUGCCUUACCACCUUCUGGCACCAAGCUUCCGUCCUCAUGGUCGCAUGACCUAGGGCCCACGUGGCCAAUGGGGGAAGGUUGUAACGUGGAGCCACCAGCCUUGAUGGCAAAAGCAGGUGUGGCUGGGGAGCCUGAGACCCCACCCAGCCCAGGGCACUGGCAUGUGCUCCACCACCUUCAUCAGAUGGUGUCCUGCAGCAGCCUCACCGCAGGGCGGUGCGAGCAGGGUGCAAAGGGGUCAAUGGUGAGGGGGGUGGGAGGCAAGCUCUGUGACUUGGUGCAACAAUCCAGUUAUUUCCAAAAGGAAAAGCCAACGCCUUGGCACGCUGUGCCACUGAUGGGCAGUUCACAGGAAGAACCCAGGCAGACCUGUACUCGUGGAUGUCCCGAGGCAGGGGUGCACGCAAGACCCCAGCUGCCUCUCUGGAUUUCAGACCCAGACCAAGACUGCCUUAUUGCAGAGUCUUGUGGAGUCUGAGUGACACCUAGAUACUGAUACCUGAAGUGCUGCCUCUAAGGGACACCUCCACCCCACCAGCCUGACAUGUUGACACCCGGAACUAGGGAGCAGAAAAGAGAUUUUGUGUAGAACCUGCUGCCCAUCCCUUCCUCUUCAAGGGAGGCGACAUCUCUGCCGGAGCGGGUCACCUCGCUUGAGUAGGCCAGAGAUGGCUCUUCCCCUUGAGCUGGGGACUGAGUCUCCGGUUGGCAGAAAGAUGAUGGGUUCUGGGGCUGUCUCCCAGGAUGAAUAACUGGGCUGGCCCAGGAAAUCUGAGAGAUUGGGCCCCUGGGCCUGGAGAGCUGGAGUCAGUCUGGGCAGACUGGGGACGUAGCAGGGGUGGGUAGAGGCCUCAAAGGCACUUGCUGAUCUUGGCUGCUGGGUGGAAAAUUGUAAACAGCCAAGAAUGUUGUUUGCUUGCAUGAGGCCAGAGGAGGCUGCCCAGGCCCUUGGGGAGCGGCAGGCAGCCCAGGAGCAGGCCAGGACCUCAUCCUAGAAGCCUCAAGCUCCUCUAGGCUCCCUUCUGAACACCUCGUUUCUCCUGCUGCCGCUCGACAGCAGGCCAGGAACACUGGGUCCUGAGGCAAGGCCUUGGAGUAGACUCCGGAAAGAUACGUCUCCCCUUAUCUCUGUCUGUGCCCCCUUAUCUCUGACUGGAUGGCACCCGGGCAGUUUGUAGCAAAACUGCAUAGUGGAAGUGCCCCAGAACCUGUGGUAUACAACCGAGGCUGGAGACCUUCUGACUGCUGAGGCCUUGGGGAGACUGAGGCGAUACCCAGACCUUUAAAGUACUCCUAAGAAUGCAGACAGAGGUGCUUGGCUACAGGACAGGACCCAGGCACCUCCCCACAUGGGCACCCAAGCCUGUCCUGUCUGAAGCCAUCUGCCUUACACCUGGCCCAGUACUUGAGGAGCAGAGGUAGGAAAGGCAGGAGCUGAGGGCCAUCCUCGACUACACAGUGAGCUGGAAGCCAACCCAGUCUACAUGAGACCCUGCCAUCAAACAAACAAAAAUAACCCUACAAAACCUCCCUCAGGUACCUGGCCCUGGGCUCGGGUGGGCAUGGCAGUCUUCCCAGCUUGGAGGAGAAGCUGGAGUCCAUAGUUAUCCACCUCCCUGCAGUCGGCCCUAGCUCCAGCCUAGCUGGGCCGUCAGGAUGGGCCCACACUCUCGGCAGAAGUGAGAUUUUCUGCAUCUGCCCCCCCACACCCCCCCUUUUUUUCCUGCCUGGCUGUCAUCGCAGCCACUGUGGGCCAGACAGCUGAAGUUUUAAGACGUCCAGUUGGUAAGGAAGCCUCAGGGCCUGGGGCCCAGAAGAGGGAGGAGAGUGCCUUCCCUGACCUCUGACCCACCUAUCCCAGCCAGCUCCUGGGAACUGAGGCUGCUAUCCAGUCAUCCUUCAGCUGUGGAGGAACAGGUUUCUGGGACAACCAUCUGGGCCAUCUGGGGCACCCUUCACCUUGAGACCCAGCAGGAAAGGGCCACCUCUACCUGCCCAACCCUUGCUCCCAUUCCACUCAUGCGGGGCCACCGUCUCCAGCCAGUCCCAGCUGCCUGUGCCGGUCACCCGAUCCACCCUGUAGCCCUGCAAACUUUAUGAUCCUGGGGCAGAGUCCAGGGCAGCUGAAGGCUCCUCCACACACGCCUGCUGAACCCUGAGCGCCCUGAGCUGCCGGCAUGGGGCGGGCUGAGGCCGCGGCCAUGAUCCCAGGCCUGGUCCUUCUCUGGGCAGCGGGGCUGGGGGAUGCUGCCCCUAACCUUCCACGCCUUCGGCUCUCCUUUCAAGAGUUGCAGGCCCGGCAUGGUGUCCGAACUUUCAGGCUGGAGCGGACCUGCUGUUAUGAAGCCUUGCUGGUGGAUGAGGAGCGUGGACGCCUGUUUGUGGGUGCUGAGAACCAUGUGGCUUCCCUCAGCCUGGAUAACAUCAGCAAGCGAGCCAAGAAGCUGGCCUGGCCGGCCCCCGUGGAAUGGCGAGAAGAGUGUAACUGGGCAGGGAAGGACAUUGGUACGGAGUGCAUGAACUUCGUGAAGCUGGUGCACGUCUAUAACCACACACACUUGCUGGCCUGUGGCACAGGGGCCUUCCACCCAACCUGUGCAUUUGUGGAGGUGGGCCACCGCCUGGAGGAACCCAUGCUCAGACUGGACCCGAAGAAGCUUGAAGAUGGCAAGGGAAAGAGUCCUUACGACCCGAGGCAUCGGGCUGCCUCCGUGCUGGUGGGGGAAGAACUGUAUUCAGGGGUGGCAGCGGACCUCAUGGGCCGAGACUUUACCAUCUUUCGCAGCCUGGGCCAGAAUCCUAGUCUCCGAACAGAACCCCAUGAUUCCCGCUGGCUCAAUGAACCCAAGUUUGUCAAGGUCUUUUGGAUCCCAGAGAGCGAGAACCCCGACGACGAUAAAAUCUAUUUCUUCUUCCGUGAGUCGGCAGUGGAGGCAGCACCAGCAACGGGGCGCAUGACUGUGUCCCGGGUUGGUCAGAUCUGCAGGAAUGACCUGGGGGGCCAGCGCAGCUUGGUCAACAAAUGGACCACAUUUCUGAAGGCGCGCCUUGUAUGCUCAGUACCUGGAGUCGAGGGUGACACCCAUUUUGACCAACUUCAGGACGUGUUUCUUCUGUCUUCCCGGGACCGCCAAACGCCGCUUCUCUAUGCGGUCUUCUCCACCUCCAGUGGCAUCUUCCAGGGCUCUGCCGUGUGCGUGUACAGCAUGAAUGAUGUGCGCCGAGUCUUCUUGGGACCCUUCGCUCACAAGGAGGGGCCUACGCAUCAGUGGGUGUCCUACCAGGGUCGCGUCCCCUACCCACGGCCCGGCAUGUGCCCCAGCAAGACCUUUGGCACCUUCAGUUCCACCAAGGACUUCCCAGAUGACGUUAUCCAGUUUGCUCGGAACCACCCUCUCAUGUACAACUCAGUCCUGCCCGUGGGGGGGCGCCCUCUCUUCCUCCAAGUGGGAGCUGGGUACACCUUCACCCAAAUCGCUGCAGACCGUGUAGCAGCUGCUGACGGACACUACGAUGUUCUCUUCAUUGGUACAGAUGUGGGCACAGUGCUGAAAGUGAUCUCAGUCCCCAAGGGCAGCCGACCUCACUCUGAGGGACUUCUCCUGGAAGAGCUGCAGGCGUUUGAGGACUCUGCCACCAUCACCAGCAUGCAGAUCUCCUCUAAAAGGCAUCAGCUCUACGUAGCAUCACCGAGUGGCGUGGCCCAGAUUGCCUUGCAUCGCUGCACGGCCCUAGGCCGCGCCUGCGCAGAAUGCUGCCUGGCCCGCGAUCCUUACUGUGCUUGGGAUGGAUCAGCCUGCACACGCUUCCAGCCUACUGCCAAGAGGCGGUUCCGGAGGCAAGACAUUAGGAAUGGUGACCCCAGCACCCUGUGCUCUGGGGACUCCUCUCACCCUGCGCUGCUGGAGCGGAAGGUCUUAGGCGUGGAGAGUGGCAGCGCCUUUCUGGAGUGUGAGCCACGCUCGCUACAAGCGCAUGUGGAGUGGACCUUCCAUCGUGCAGGGGAGGUGGCUCACACCCAGGUGCUGGCUGAGGAGCGGGUUGAGCGUACAGCGCGGGGGCUGUUGCUGCGUGGUCUGCGGCGCCAGGACUCUGGCGUGUACCUGUGCGUCGCGGUUGAACAAGGAUUUUCACAGCCACUGCGGCGCCUGGUGCUGCACGUGCUGAGCGCGGUCCAGGCCGAACGACUGGCACGGGCUGAGGAAGCGGCAGCCCCUGCACCACCAGGCCCUAAACUCUGGUACCGAGACUUUCUGCAGCUGGUGGAGCCGGGCGGCGGUGGAGGGGCAAACUCCCUGCGAAUGUGCCGCCCGCAGCCCGGGCCCCACUCUGUGGCCGCAGAAUCACGUCGGAAGGGUCGCAACAGGCGAAUGCAUGCCUCUGAGCUGCGUGCUGAGCGUGGGCCACGUAGCGCAGCACACUGGUGACUGGGCUGUCCCCACACUGGGGACCAGGCUGGACAUGACAUUCAGAAGAGGGGGCAGGCAGACGCCAGGAAGACUGAGGCACACUGAGGUCCUUGGGGCCAGUAGGACACCUAACUCAUAUAUAGGCCCUGGCCAAAGGGUAACCGAGCCAGCUUAUUUAUUAACAAGAUAACCCGCGAAUGUAGCCUCAGCAGAGUGGUCCAGGCCCAAUUCAGGAUCUAGCCUGGAGGGAGGGGACAGAGACGUGGGGCUCCAGAGUAGAGCAGGGCCAGAGAACUGUCUUGGGUGCCUGCCCUGGGGGAAGCAUUCUUUCUUGGGCAGGGAGCAGAAAGCUGUGAAACAGAUUAGGUUGUUGGGUUCCGGGUGAGGCAGGCCAACUGUACUAAAGUAAUGCAAUAAACACAUUAUCAGCUGACGUU